UGCUGUUGCAGUUUUUUUUUGUUCUGUUCGUGUUUUCUUUUUCACGUUUUGUUUUUUUUUAUUGAAAACUGGAUUUUCCAUCAGAUGUUCUCAAUGGUUGAUUGUUAUGCAGAUAUGGGACAAAUCGGACAAGAUUGCCCCGUUCGUGAAUACAACAUGGAUGAUCUGGAAUUGGAUCAAGUGACAAAGGUCAUUAGCUAUCAUCCCCGAUUUCUGGAUCAUUUUUUGAAAACUCAGAAUUUCAUAAUGAACGGUGAUGGACCCUUGCCAUAUGAUUAUCGUUAUUAUUUGGCCAUUAUUGCCGCCGCUCGUCAUCAAUGUCCCUAUCUGGUGAAAAUGUACGAAAAAGAAUUCAUCAAUCAGGGUGGCAAUCCGGAAUGGUUAAACGGUUUGGAUUUUAUACCGCCGAAGUUACGUGCCAUAUAUGACAUAAAUAAGAUACUGGCCCAUCGGCCGUGGCUGCUGCGCAAGGAGCAUAUAGAGAGUUUAACUCGCGGCAAAAACAGUUGGUCUCUGUCGGAAGUUGUCCAUGCCAUGGUGCUGUUAUCGCAUUUCCAUUCGUUGUCGUCGUUUGUGUUCUCCUGCGGUCUGACACAAAAACUGGAUGGUUUAUCUAGUCCUAAACUGAAAUCGCCACCCACUGCCAGUCUGCACAACAAUUCGCUGCCGGCUGCGAUAGGCAAUGGUGCUUUUCAAAAAUUAAAAUUUCCUCCCUCUUCCAUUUUAGCUCAACCCAGUGCCACAGUCGAAGUGUUAAUGGAACGCAUGAAAGUGCUAUCCCAAAAGCAGGACGAAUGCAGUGAAGCCGAACUGAGUAAUCGUUUUAAGAAUGUUGAAAUGCAAACCGCAGAAUUGCCAGCAGCUGCAACGGCGUCCCCCGCUGAAAUACCACCGGUGAUCUCACACUAUAUUGAAGAUCCAAAUUUCCAAUAUCAAGACUUUGCUCGCCGUGGUGCUGAAAAUAUACCCAACACCUUUCGCAUACAGGAUUAUUCGUGGGAUGAUCAUGGCUAUUCGCUGGUUAAUGAUCUUUAUGAAGACGUCGGUACCCUGCUGGAUCAACGUUUCCGUUGUGCCUACAAUUUAACCUAUUUCACAAUGGGUGGUGUGAAAAAUGUCGAUACAUCGAAAUUUCGUCGUGCCAUUUGGAAUUAUAUACAGUGUAUUUAUGGUAUACGUCAUGAUGAUUAUGAUUAUGGCGAAGUUAAUCAGCUUUUGGAUCGGCCUCUGAAAAUGUUCAUCAAGACCGCAUGCUGUUUCCCCGAAAGAAUUACAACAAAGGAUUAUGAUAGCAUUUUGGUUGAACUGCAGGACAGUGAAAAGGUCCACGUCAAUUUAAUGGUAAUGGAAGCUCGCAACCAAGCCGAGCUGCUUUAUGCUUUACGCGAAAUUAUGCGCUACAGGACAUGAUCUCAUAACAAAAAAAAAUAACAAAUGCAACAAAAAACAUUAUGAACAUA